AUGUCCUCACGUCAAACCUAUUCGUCCUCUGCGCCCAAGUAUGAAACCCGGCGGCCCGGGCGUAUUUACGCAUCACCUCCACGAGAGCCAUAUCAUGGCCGGCAGUUUGUGAAUGCCGCGGCCCAGGAACAGUAUUGGAAUACCCGGGGCUCGACAGAAGUUUGGGAUCCGUCUAAACCAUUGAACUCCGUAGCUGUCCGCCCAGACACUUAUGGCCUAGCCCAUUCCUAUCACGAGUCUAGAUUGGAACACGAAUACAGCGAUCCUUACAAGAAACGUCCAAAACCGUACACGGCCCGCACAAAAGCCGACUAUGAUGCCUAUAAACGCCCCUCAGAUGGCCACGGUGGCAUAGCAGAGGAUGUACGCCGUUACAAGGACACCCCAGUAGGGAGAAAAACCUCCCCCCACGACUAUCAUCGUGACAGCCUUAUAAAGGGGAAGAAUCUUGCAAGGGAGGGCCGUGAUAUGGCAAACAUAGCCGCGCAAUCUCGCACCGGCUUUGAUCACAAGUACCCUCAGGCAUACGAGAGUCGUGAAGCAAUUAGAAGGCACAUUACUCAAGCAAAUAGCCAGAGAAGAUCCGCUGCAAACUUCAGAGACGAUGGUGCUUAUCUAGGUCAGAAGUUAGACACCUGGGGAAAACAAAUGGAACGUCGAGGCAGACGUUAA